AUGGAUUGGGCAUCAUGGAGGUUCAACUUGAUAAUCAACAAUGUGAACAUAGAACACAUACUUCUGGAAGUAUAUGAAAAAUGUCUGAAGACAAAAUCGAAAACUAAAACAUCACUUGAUUAUGGCAUCAUUGAUCUCAAUGACAGUAUUAUUUUGAAAGCAUUGGGAAACUCAGUAACAUCAUAUUUUGAAGUAAAAAUGAAAGAUUAUAAACCUAAGAAAGCAAUUUCUGAAGAGGCUGCGAAAGCCUUGAAAAAAUUUAAUGUUACAUCCAUAAAAGAUCUCAGAAAGGCACUCGCCGAAGUCAAAGUUGAUUAUAACAAUUUAGAUCAUGAUAUUGUCUAUCUGCAUCGUCUCUUUCAAAAAUUCUCUGAACUACAGGAAGGGUGGUACAAUAGCCACAUUGUAGCUCCAAUUUUUGAUGAUUGUCUUGAGUCAAUAGAUGAAUGUAUUCUCCGACGGUACUUGUUAAGAAUGUGUUUUAUGCUAAUAUUUUAUUCCGAUUUUAACUGA